GUCAGCUCAUCCCGUAGAAAAUCAAGAAAGGCCCACUUCACCGCCAGCUCAGGUGAAAGAAGAAUCCGUAUGAGCGCUGCCCUCUCAGCCGAUCUCCGUGCCAAAUACAACGUCAGAUCACUCCCAAUCAGAAAGGAUGAUGAAGUCCGUGUUGUUUGUGGUGAUAACAAAAAUCACGAAGGUAAAGUUGUUGCCUGUUACAGAAAGAAAUACGUCAUCCACAUUGACAAACUUACUGUCACCAAAGUCAACGGUAACACUGCUCAAAUCGGUGUCAACCCAUCAAACGUCAUCAUCACCAAAUUAAAAUUAGAUAAAGACAGAAAAGCUUUAUUAGAACGUAAAAACAGAUCUUCAGAAGAAAAAGGUAAAAUUACCAAAGAACAAGUUACCGCUGAAGUCAACUAA